AUGUUGCAUCCGUAUACUAUCUCGUGGUCCAAUGUUCUAGAUUAUUUCUUACCCGACGAUUUCCACGACCUCGCACGUCGAUGUUCGAUGUAUGGCGACUGCAUGCACUAUGGCUACAGUAUGAACUGGCCUACCCAAGUGUACGGUGCUUCGAUUAUCGACUACGAUCCGAAAUACUGCAAGCAAGUAAUCGACACUACGCUGGACACUGCUCUGUGUUUCUCGACCAGUUCAGGACCAUCAGCUGUCCCAUCGUCGAUGGAAUUAUUCAAGAUGAUGGGGUUAGAUAAAUUGGUGACUCUGCCCUUCCGUGAACACCCGCUCAAUGCUACAGGUUAUGUUCUCGCUCACGUGUACAAGCAGCACUGGAUCGAUCAUUACAUGAAGACUGGAGAGCUGACGGGGAUGGCAGCAUUUCGACUGGGAGCGUCGUGUACACCUUCGAACAGUGGACUGCAGAUGGGUACAAUGGAUCUGAGUAUGCCCAGUCCUCUGUAUCGAACGUCGCUGACUCUCUACAUGAGUUGGUGCUACGAUCCGGAGCUACGCCUGCAAGGAGCAAACAAUCCACUGGAGCUAGGAGCUGCGACUGACAAGGACAUGAUGGCUGAUAUGCUGAAGUAUCUGACUGUGGAGGAGAGACAGAAGUUCUGGAAAGACAUGGGAGCUGGUUCCACCAAGUGAAAACACAACGAUUUGUGAUGCUAGAAGUUGAAUGUGUUUCUGUAGUAAAGAUUUUUUAUGUAGAUGAGGUAUAUCUACCUACAGGCAUCUGCAUGAUACUCCUUCCCUUGUUAGGUUAACGAUUUGGACCUGAAAAAAAUCGUAUUCAAAAAGUACGGU